UCUCCACAAAUGCACUGUCAAACAAAUUACUUACAACGCAGCUAGUAAGUCAUCAAUAAAGCGAGAGUGUCUGAGGUGCUUUAAGAGACUGCCACCGACUUCACUCACGCCAUGACAGCAGCACCACAAAAACCUGUGCUCAAGGUGGCCGUGGAGGAGUGGGUGCCAUGGACGAAGGUGGUGACGGAGGCCAACGGGGCCCUGAGGAUCGAGGGCCCUAUGGCUAAUCUCCUCGACAUUCUCUCCAGCGUCCUUAACUUCGACUACGAGUUCGUGCGGCCUGUGGACAGAGUGUGGGGAGGCCCUGAUGCAAAUGGAUCUUGGAAUGGCCUUCUGGGACUCCUACAGCGUAGGGAGGUGGAGCUGGCGGUGGGGCCAUUUGGAGUGACGAACCAGAGGGAGACAGUAUGUGACUUCUCAGACGCUUUCUACAGCGAGAACAACGCCAUCCUGAUGGUGAGACCCACGCUUCAGAACGACGUGGCCGGCUUUGCCAAACCCUUCGCUAACGAGGUGUGGCUGCUGACGCUGGUGAGUCUGGUGGCAAUGGUGGUGGUGAUGGCGCGAGUGGCGACGGCGGAAGCGAAUUUGUACAACACCAAGAACCGCAACACCCUGGCCAAGGCGGCCAUCUGGGGCCUCAAGGCCUUCACUCAGGAAGGGUCUGAGUGGCUGCCACCCCAUGACGCAGGCCGCAUGCUGGUCACCACCUGGCUGCUGGCAUCCCUAGUGUUCAUGUCCUCCUACAGCGGCAUUCUCACCGCCAUGCUCACCGUGCCGCGAGUCACCAUUCCCAUUGACUCCCUGGCAGACCUGGUGGCGCAGGACGACCUGCCCUGGAGGCUGGAGGCGGGCUCCAUGAUGUUCCAGUACUUCCAAGAAGCUGACGACGGUGUGCGCAGGAGCGUGUUCACUAGGACGUCAGGAACCUUCCAGGACUGCUGGGCGGCACGUCAGGACAUCGCUGAGGGGAGGUAUGCGGCCAUCUGCGACAGAACCACCAUGAAGAAAGCCAUGUCGUGGGAUUUCAGCACCAGUGGCCGGUGUCACCUGUACAUCUCCCGCGAGAAUGUGUACAGCAACGUGCAGAUCGCCAUGGCCUUCCAGAUCAACUCCACGUAUCGUGAGAGGUCGAACAGGAUCAUCCACGCCGUGAAGGAGUCGGGGAUCCUGAACCGCUGGAUUGGUGCUCAGAUCACCAACACCAGCCAGUGCCUUCGCCCACCCACCGCAGACCGCAGCGAGGCCAUCGCAGCCCUCAGUAUCGAAAGUAUGGGCGGCUGCUUCCUUGUGCUGGUGGGAGGUCUGGCAGCGGGCACGGCAGCCUUCUUCCUGGAGACCGUCAUACCAAGGCUGUGAGGCUCCGUGGCUUUGGGAGGAAACAGGCCUCACUGCCCAGCCCUUCACGUCCCCAAGACCACCCAGUGACCAACCCUCCGCUGUAAUGAAUGACACCCUGCUCUGCCGUGAUGACCUGUGACCUGUGACCUCCUGUACCAGCGGCAAUGUAACAA